UCGAGAAGAAAAACGCUGGUAAGUUUUAUUUAUCAAAAAAAUCUAGAAUUGAAAAAAAAUUGAAUUGACUUUUACUCAAGUGCACAUAAACUUCCGUCAGGUAUACGUACAGAGAGUAAGACACCAUGCCGCAAGCAAGAAGGAAGACUCCCUUUAGCGGGAAGGCUAAAAAGCAGCAGUUGCAAUCAAAGAAACAGAAUAAAACAUUGUUGUUGUCAUCAUCAUCAAACACAAGCAACUACGACGUUCUAUCAAUGAACUACCAGCCGAAUAGGUCAAGGGGCCGUGGAGACGCGAACAGAUAUGCACUGAAAUUCUACAGAGAGAGUGAUGAAGAGCUGAGGCUGAAGAAGGAAGAGGCUCUCAAAGCCCUAAACCACGUGAGCGAGAAAGAAAUGGAGAUAGAUCCGAUAGAUUUCUUUCCAUCUGAGCUGACAUUUCCAAAAAGACCCCCAUGGGACUUCAAUAUGACGCCAGCGCAGUUGGAUGCGCAAGAGCAGAAGUAUUUUAGGGAAUACAUAAACACUCUGCAAUCAUCGCCCCGUUGGAAAGAAAUGUCUUAUUUUGAACUCAAUUUAGAAACAUGGAGACAGUUAUGGAGAGUAUUGGAAAUGUGUGAUAUACUAUUGUUGAUCGUGGAUGUCAGGUUUGCGGGUAUGAUGUUCCCCCCCUCCCUGUACGAAUACGUAGUGAAAGAACAGAAUAAAGAUAUGAUUCUAGUGCUAAAUAAAAUAGACCUAGUGCCCGCACCCGUCGUUGCUGCGUGGAAAGAUUAUUUGACGAAAACUUGCCCCGGUUUAAAAGUGGUUUACUUUACGUCGUGCCCCGGGUAUAAUUUGCAAGGGGCAAAUUGUGAUAAAGCUGGUCUUCAAGUACGUCGUCGCAAGGGCAGACAGCGUAUGUGCGCAGAAGGUGCGUCGAAACUUCUAGAAGCCUGCAAGGAUAUAGUGAAGGGAGAAGUAGAUCUCACUUCUUGGGAGAAGAAGAUAGGAGAAGAGAGUGGAGUGGAGUUUGAUGAUGAGGAGACGGAAGUUGGAGAAACGAUACUUCAACAAGCGGAUACGACAUUCUACACGCAUGAAAAAUAUAAAAAUGGCAUCUUAACCAUCGGUUGUGUUGGACAACCCAAUGUGGGGAAAAGUUCCCUUAUGAACGCAAUAAUGGGGAAAAAAGUGGUCUCUGUAUCGAGGACUCCGGGACAUACUAAACAUUUUCAGACGAUUUUCCUAACGCCACAGGUACGUCUGUGUGACUGUCCCGGGUUAGUGUUUCCGUCUAUGGUGCCCCGGUCUAUACAAAUUUUGAUGGGUUCGUAUCCCAUAGCGCAAUUGAGAGAACCGUAUACCACUAUCAGAUUCCUAGCGGAACGUCUAGAUCUACCUAAACUCCUGCGCAUGGAUCACCCAGAGAACGACGACACGUGGUCGCCGAGGGAUAUAUGUGAUGGCUGGGCGAAGAAACGGGGAUAUCUCACCGCUAAGGCCGCUAGGCUGGACACAUACCGAGCGGCUAACAGCAUUCUAAGGAUGGCGUUGGACGGGAAAAUCUGCCUGUGGCUGCGACCGCCUAAAUUUACUGAAGAAAGAGAAAAAUACGAAAACUGCGACGAGAUCAAAUACGUCAAGUGGGUGCAAGCUCUCACUAAAGACGUACAAGAAAUAGUCGUGACGUCAUCGUCAGAGGGAGAUGGAGAUAGCGAUGGCGAUGAGAGCGAGGGAGACAGCGAUAGUGAGGGGGAAACAGCCAGUAUGGCUAAUAAGUUUGCGGCUUUGGCUAAUGAAUAAAUAAAUAUAUAUAAAAGAGCAUUUGUCAGAAGUGAGACUUCUUUGGGCAAGAUUCAAAGAUACCAAAAUCGUCGCCUUACUCCAUGACGUGACGGUAUUGCCAUGACGCGAUGUUGAAAUUAUAUUCUCAACGCGUAUAAAGCAGUUUCACUUAAAUAAUAAGUUGUUUUGAUGAAAAUGUUAUUAGUUAUAAUAUUUUGUAAUGGAAAAUAUUUCAGUAUAUUUAUUUAUAACACGGAAAACGUGAAAAUAAAUCCAUUUUAUUUGUUAUAACAGUGCAUUCCUUAAUUCGUUAAAAUCAAAUAAAAUAGGUACGCGAUUAGAGUCUCUAUAAUAUACUACGUAAGAGAUAUAGUCGCGUGCCAUCGGGAUACGAUAGCUUCGGGUUUUAAUAGACCUUAAGAGGGGGUAUAAAGCAAAAUUACCAAUUAAAACCAAACGUUUUAUCACGAUAAAAGUGUUAUCUAUACUAAUAGUAGAAAGCUGAAGAGUUUGUUUGUUUGUUUGUUUGAACGCGCUAAUCUCAGGAACUACUGGUCCGAUUUGAAAAAUUAUUUCGGUGUUAG